GUUGGUGGUGGUGUCUGCACUCAGCAUCAGCAUCACAACAGCCAUCACACAGUGAGAACACUCUCUCUCUCUCUCACACACACAUACACACACACAGACAGACAGAGAGAGAGAGAGAGAGAGAGCCAUGAAACAGGGGCUCCUGGAAGUCAUGAGGAUGAGUAGGAUCUGCCGCAUGGUCCUGGCCACUUGUCUGGGAUCCUUUGUGCUGGUCAUCUUUUAUUUCCAAAGUAUGUUGCACCCAGUGAUGCGCCGGACGCCAUUUGGGGUAGACAUCUGCUGCAGGAAAGGAUCGAGGAGUCCUUUACAAGAGCUCUACAAUCCAACCCAGUACGAAUUCUCAAGCACAGAAACGACGCAUCAGACUAGGAGAGAUCAGGUCGCUGAGACCUGUCGAGCCAACAGCGCUACAAGUCGUAAGCGACGCGUGUUGACUCCCGACGACCUGAAACAUUUAGUUGUUGAUGAGGACCACGAGAUGAUCUACUGCUACGUGCCUAAGGUGGCCUGCACAAACUGGAAGAGGGUCAUGAUGGUGCUCACGGGGAGAGGCAAAUACAACGACCCCAUGGAAAUCCCAGCGAACGAAGCCCAUAUCUCUUCCAAUUUGAAGACCCUCAAUCAGUACAGCAUCCCAGAGAUCAACCACCGCUUGAAACAUUACCUGAAGUUUAUGUUUGUGCGCGACCCUUUCGAGAGACUGGUGUCGGCCUACAGAAACAAGUUCACCAGGAGGUACAACAAGUCGUUUCACAAACGGUACGGGACUAAGAUCAUCCGAAGGCAGAGGAAAAAUGCAACCCGAGAGGCUUUGCGCAACGGAGAUGAUGUGAAGUUUGAGGAGUUUGUGGGUUACCUCAUUGAUCCUCACACGCUGAAAGAGGAACCCUUCAAUGAGCACUGGGAAACUGUGUUCUCACUAUGUCAUCCCUGCCACGUUCACUAUGACCUAAUAGGGAAGUAUGAAACGCUACAUGAGGAUGCAAACUAUGUCCUUCGACUAGCAGGAGUAGCAGACUUUAUGAAAUUUCCCACCUACGCAAAAUCUACGCGAACUACAGAUGAAAUGACAGCUCAGUUUUUCCAAAACAUCAGCUCUGCUUUCCAAACACAACUGUUCAACCUUUACAAACUAGAUUUUGUAAUGUUUAACUAUUCGGUGCCAAACUACCUGAAAUUGGAGUGAGAAUGUCUGUUGACUUUUAUUUAAGUUUUUAUUUGUCAUGAUAAUUGUUUGAGCAAUUUGUUUUUGUAAAUUUAAUGACGAUUUUGAACGAUGCUGCGAGCAGCAAAAAUUGGAAUUAUUUAAAUGACUUUGUAAGAAAGAACUGAAACGCUCUUUGUGGGAUAAAAUAAUUAUGGUCUAGUUUAAAUAUUACCCCUCUUCCCCCAGUAUAUUGUACUAUACUGAAUAGGUGUGUAGUUCAUUCUCGUGUAAAACACAGUCUCUACAUUAUCUAUAGUGGAUUGGUUUGUUUCUUGUAGAUUCUCUUACUGAAGGUUAAGUGAGCAACUGUGUUAAUAUCUCAAUGACAGUGUCCUGAAACAGUUCAAAUCAACUCCAGAGCACCUUCGCUGUGCAGUAGAGGGUCUGACAGUUGAUUUCCAGCCAAGCAGCUCUGCACCACAUCUACCCUACUGUUUUGCAAGCAGAAUUUCAGCUGUUUAGCAUCGGUUUUUCAGAAUCUUUGAAAAGAUUAGAAUUGUAAUUUUGUUUAGAUUUUUUUUACAUGUGAAACAAACAAGCACGAGGCUCCUGUUAUGUUAUGCCAAGUUCCUGAUUAAUAGCAGCUGGUGAAAGCCUCAUUGCAAUAAACACAAACACCUCCAAUGACGUAACGUGA